AUGACGACAUGUACUUACAACGCCCGAACGCUUUCAUGGACCGGCCAUGCAAGCGAUCUGAUGAUGCAAGCCAGGAACUUUAAGUACGACGUCAUCGGGCUGACCGAGGCGAGGCGACGCCACCCACUGAACGCCGUGUAUGACACUGGAGAAGAGCUGUUCUUAGGAACAUGCGACAGUAAAGGUGUUGGUGGAGUUUGUGUCCUUGUCAACGCGAAUAUGGCAAUAAACGUCGACUUUUUCGAACAACGUACGCCCCUUAUUGGACGUCCGCGGAUGUGA